AUGAAAGAUGCAUGGCUGCUCCUAAACCGUGAGAAGUCGCGCUUCUACACGAAAGAGAACUCGCUGAGCGGGCCGAUGUUCAUCAAAGCUGGGCUGCUGAGCGUCUCCUCGGACUCCUCCACCAAGGUCACCAGUCGCCGCUGCAUCAGCCCUCCGUGGAGUCGCUGGCGGAUCAGCUGGGAUGUGACUGGAGGCUUGCUGUUGCUUCACGAUUUCGUCGCCCUCCCUAUAGCUGUGUUUCAACCUCCUCCGACUCCUUUUGGCUUUGCAAUGGAGUGGCUGUCGGCUGUCUUUUGGACCUUGAACAUCGUGGCGUCCAUGACGGUCGGCUUUACGCGAAAUGGUGUCACAGUCAUGGACUUCCCGGAAAUCCUGAAGAACUACCUCCGGACAUGGUGCAUCCCUGACGUCGCCUUGGUGCUGCUGGAUUGGCUCAGUCUGGCACUCCCCGCAGAACAGUCCAUGGACGAGUCGACGGAGUUUCUUCGCCUUGUGCGGCUGCUGCGUAUCAUACGCAUUUUACGACUUGUGCGGAUGCUCAAGCUGCGGACGCUGAUGGCAAAUUUCCACGAUUUGAUCAACUCGGAGUACUGGAGCCUUGUAGCGAACAUGAGUCAAAUUGUCACCUUCAUGCUGGGCAUCAACCAUUUGGUCGCUUGUGGCUUCUAUGGCUUGACGGAGAUUACUCAAGCGUCCGAGGAGACGUCCUGGGUGAGUCAUUUCGGCUUUGAGGGCACGUCGUGGUCCUACCGCUACGCCACCGCCUUGCAUUGGUCGAUCACCCAGUUCACUCCAGCUGCAAUGGAAGUUCACCCAACCAACAUGCCGGAGCGCUCGUACUCCAUUGCUGUGGUGAUCUUUGCCAUGGUUGGCUUCUCCUCACUGGUCGGCGGCAUCACCAGUAUCCUUACGCAGUUGCGUGGUCUGUCGCAAGAGAAAGCGAAGGAGCUCUGGAAGCUGCGCCGCUACAUGCGCCUUAAGCAUGUCAAAGCGGAUCUCAAUGUGCGCAUCCAAAGGUACGUGGAGCAUGCAUGGAAUGAGCGACAGAUGAACCUCUCGAUCGGCAGUGUGAAGUUCGUCGAGCUACUGUCGGAGCCACUCCGGGAUGAGCUGCUGUGUGCUGUUGAUAUGCCGACCAUGGUCGUCCACCCUCUCUUCUCAUUCCUGCAGAAAGAGCAGGAAGUCACCCUCCGCCGUCUGGUCACGCACGCCAUACAGCACAAGUUCCUGGCACGUGGGGACAUCCAUUUCUACUCGGCCGAAGUGGCAACACAUGCGUACUUCACCGUCUCCGGAAACCAGACCUACACCCAGCAUCCACCCAGAGUUGCGGUCGCUGUGGCAGUCGAGAUCGAUCGGAACCAGCAAUGGGUCGGAGAGCAAGUUCUUUGGGCGAAUGACUGGGUUCAUCUCGGCUCCUUUCAAGCAGUAUCGGAGUCGGAUAUGAUGGCUUUGGAUCCAGCUGAGGUGGCAAAAGCCCUCUCGUCGAAUCCCCCGGCGUGGAAUGCUGUGGCAGGGUACGCACAGGAGUUUACCAUGUGGCUGAACAGCCAACACACGAACGAGUUGUCCGACAUCCUUUCGGCAGAGGAUCUAUCCUAUGUCUUUGACGAGCUGAAGAAGCGAAACUCCCCGAUCACCGGCAAAGAGAAGCC